CCCCGGCCAGGAGGUAACUGCGCCUGCUCUGUCCUGUAGAGAGAUGGUCAACGCCUGGUUUGCUGAGCGAGUCCACACCAUCCCCGUCGGCAAGGAAGGCGCCCGCGGCCGCGCGGAGUCCUGCCCGUGCCCCCCCCCGCACAGCCCCCGCGCCCAGGGCAGCGCCCCGGGCACCCCCACCAACGCGGACAAGAAGCAGCAGAUGCCGCUCACGCCCCGCCGCUUCGACCGCGACGACGGGGACCAGUGCGCCCGGCUGCUGGACCUGGUGAAGGACAUCGCCAGCCACCUGGAUGUCACCGCGCUGUGCCACAAGAUUUUCCUGCACAUCCACGGCCUCAUCGCCGCCGACCGCUACUCGCUGUUCCUCGUCUGCGAGGACAGCUCCAACGACAAGUUCCUGGUCAGCCGCCUCUUCGACGUGGCCGAGGGCUCCACCCUGGAGGAGGCGUCCAGCAGCUGCAUCCGCCUGGAGUGGAACAAGGGCAUCGUGGGGCACGUGGCCGCACGGGGCGAGCCCCUCAACAUCAAGGACGCCUACGAGGACCCUCGCUUCAACGCAGAGGUUGACCAGAUCACCGGCUACCGGACACAGAGCAUCCUCUGUAUGCCAAUUAAGAACCACCGCGAAGAGGUUGUCGGCGUCGCCCAGGCCAUCAACAAGAAGUCGGGAAACGGCGGGACAUUCACUGAGAAAGAUGAGAAGGAUUUCGCCGCGUACUUGGCAUUUUGCGGGAUUGUUCUUCACAACGCACAACUCUACGAGACCUCGCUGCUGGAGAACAAGAGGAAUCAGGUGCUGCUUGACCUGGCCAGCCUGAUUUUUGAAGAGCAGCAAUCCUUGGAGGUCAUUCUGAAGAAGAUCGCUGCCACGAUUAUCUCCUUCAUGCAGGUGCAGAAGUGCACCAUCUUCAUCGUGGAUGGAGACUGCUCCGAUUCCUUUUCCAGCGUAUUCCACAUGGAGUGUGAGGAGCUGGAGCGAUCAUCCGACACUGUGACAAGGGACCGGGAUGGGAGCCAGAUCAACUACAUGUACGCUCAGUACGUCGCCAGCACCAUGGAGGCGCUCAACAUCCCCGACGUCAGCAAGGACAGCAGGUUCCCCUGGGCGAAUGAAAACAUGGGGAACGUAAGCCAGCAGGGCAUUCGAAGUUUGCUUUGUACGCCUAUAAAAAAUGGAAAGAAGAAUAAAGUGAUAGGGGUUUGCCAACUCGUGAACAAGAUGGAGGAGAACACCGGCAAGGUGAAGCCAUUCAACCGGAACGAUGAGCAGUUCCUGGAAGCUUUCGUAAUCUUCUGUGGCCUGGGGAUCCAGAACACGCAGAUGUAUGAGGCGGUGGAGAGGGCCAUGGCCAAGCAGAUGGUCACGUUGGAGGUCCUGUCCUAUCACGCCUCGGCCGCGGAGGAGGAGACCCGGGAGCUGCAGGCCUUAGCGGCGGCCGUGGUGCCCUCUGCCCAGACCCUGCGGAUCACCGACUUCGGCUUCAGCGACUUCGAGCUGUCGGACCUGGAAACUGCGCUAUGCACCAUCCGGAUGUUCACCGACCUCAACCUGGUGCAGAACUUCCAGAUGAAGCAUGAGGUCCUCUGCCGGUGGAUCCUGAGUGUGAAGAAGAAUUACCGGAAGAAUGUGGCCUACCACAACUGGAGACACGCCUUCAACACGGCGCAGUGCAUGUUCGCCGCCCUGAAGGCAGGCAAGAUCCAGAGCAAGUUGUCAGACCUGGAGGUGCUGGCCCUGCUGGUCGCCGCCCUGAGCCACGACCUGGACCACCGCGGCGUGAACAACUCCUACAUUCAGCGGAGCGAACACCCGCUGGCCCAACUGUACUGCCACUCGACCCUGGAGCACCACCACUUCGACCAGUGCCUGAUGGUCCUCAAUAGCCCGGGGAACCAGAUCCUCAGUGGCCUCUCCAUCGAAGAGUAUAAGACCGCGUUGAAGAUCAUCAAGCAGGCGAUUCUGGCCACAGACCUGGCCCUGUACAUUAAGAGGCGAGGGGAGUUUUUUGAACUUAUAAGGAAAAACCAGUUCAACUUAGGAGACCCGCACCAGAAGGAGCUGUUUCUGGCGAUGCUGAUGACCGCGUGUGACCUCUCUGCCAUCACGAAGCCCUGGCCCAUUCAGCAACGGAUCGCAGAGCUUGUGGCGGCGGAAUUCUUUGACCAAGGAGACAAAGAGAGAAGAGAACUCAACAUAGAGCCUGCGGACCUCAUGAACAGGGAGAAGAAGAACAAGAUCCCGAGUAUGCAGGUGGGCUUCAUCGACGCCAUCUGCCUGCAGCUGUAUGAGGCGCUGGCGCACGUGUCCCCUGACUGCUCCCCCCUACUGGACGGCUGCAGGCACAACAGGCAGAAGUGGCAGGCGCUGGCUGAGCAGCAGGACACACUGGUCAAUGGGGCUGGCGGCCCCGCCCCACGCAGCUGAGCCUGGGCCCUGGACGGGAUGCUGGCGACCGCGGUCUGCACGGCCCGGCCUCGCUGGAUGCUACACAGGCUGCGUGUGCCCUUCCACGGUGUCCUGGUGUGUUUGCACAGCUUCUGAGAGCACAGCGGGGACUUUUCAGGGGGCGGUCCUGCCUGCCUGUGUGUGUGUGUGCCCACUGAGCUGAGGCUCGCUAAGCACCGGACCACCCCCCUACACCACGGGACCGACCCCCCACCGCAGGUCCACGCAGGAAUCGUGCUGAGAGUGCGGGCUGCGUCUCCCGUUCAGUUGGCUGUUUGACUUGGGAAUUUUAAGCGAUUGGUUUUGUGGUUUUGGAAUCGCUGACCUUUCAAGAAUGUUUGGAAUCUUUUAUUUCUCAAAUGGAAUUCCAGAGCAAAUGGAAUAUAUUUCGUGACACGUAAAACCUUCGUAAGAUAGAGAAAAGUUUGGGCUGCGUGGAUGUGAAAGGGGGAAGGGGCUAUUUGUCAACAACGUAUUAUGUUAACAAAACAGUUAAAACUCCCAAGCAAUGGAAAGUGCUGCAGGGCAGAAUUGUUUCACUGACCAUCACUGAUCUUAUCAACAGGCAGUGUGACCCAGAAAUGCUACGGUCACCAGUUCUGCCCCUUUUUUGUGUGUAACUCCCUCAGCAUUUAUCAUCGGUUCAUCGUACAGCAUAGUUUAUAGGGGGCCGGUUUGCACCCCAGUGGGAAAUCAAGAACCAAGUGGCCGUUGGAGCCCAGAGCUGGCGUGAGAUGUGACUGCCGAUAGGAGAGCGCAGCAGAAGGCCACCUGGACACGGGCUGGAAAUGAGCCCGUGGGGGCUGCAGCAGGACACCCCGGCCUGAGGGACGGUCAGCAGUCUGUUUUGUGCCUGAGGCAGUGCCCAGUGUGAGCUCCUGGGACCAGUCCGCCCAGUAUCACAGAAUGUGGGCGUGUGCCCUAACCAUGGGCCCUGAGCUGGGCCUGGUGUAUUCACAUCUCUCGCUUCCCAUCCAUUUAGAAAAUGUGAACAUUUUUUUUAGCAUUUGAGCUCCACUCGUAGUGUGUGCUCCUGUGCACAGUCCAGCCAUGGAGACACAGAGGGGGCAGGCGGCUGCUUCCAGAAAGAUAAUCCGCUCAAAUCCGUGCAGAUGUCUGGACUGAGCAGGAAGAGCGAUGUUUGUUUGGUUUGUUACCUGCCCUCCAACCCCCAACAAGUGUCUGUUUUGGAGGGAAGUUUCUGGGGGGCCGGUAACAGCAUUAGCAAAGCUUUCAUGGAAACAUGGGCUUCUACCUGGUAUGUGGCAUGGAUAGCAUUUUCCUCUAAACUGCCUAACACUCAGCAGGUGAAGUUGUAUAUGUACAUGGACCUUGGGAUAAUGUGUCUGCAUUCUUACCAUUCAGGUUUAAAAAGGGGGGGGGCGGCAAAUCUAUGGCCUUCACUCUGUGAGAACGGCCAGUCUGCAGCGUUAGGGACUGCGUGAUGCUGUGUGUGUGAUUGUCAUGACACUUGUAUGUCCAGGAUGUGACCCUAUUUCUAUCUCAUGUCAUUCAGAUGAGCCGAGGCACCUCUUGGGGGCGCGGGUGUCUGCCACAGGCUGCCCCUGAAUCACACACCUGCAUCCUGUGCACACCCCUGUGUACACGUGUUCCUCAGCGUGGAACACUGUCUGAAGUGGUGUCUCUCAUAACCUACUUGUCACCAUGCCCUGUGACCUUGCCUCCAUCUGCGUCAUACGCUUCGGUUCCGACCUCCCCGCCACAUGUCACUGAGACCAUAAAAGCCACCGCAGAUGAGUCUGGGAGGGUGUGAGGGGCCGUUUUAACAGGCAGAGAGAUACACUUAGACUAGGAACCAUUCGGUUUGCCUAUAGAUGCUCUGGUUUUACUUCACCCGUUGAGAAAUUAGAACGUCUGGCACUGUAGUCCCUGCAGAAGACUUCUUUAGAGCUGGUUGCAGCCAUUUUACUUCUUAGGAAAAUCAUUCCAUACAUGGGCUCCUACCUGGUACGUGGCACAAAGUUUUCAUUCUCAUGUGAAUAUUUCCUUUCCUGUCGCUUCCUAGGUGGGAAAUACAUGUCCAGGGUGGGCCGGUAGUGGGUUUACAGUUGUUGGUAUGGAAAGUAAUACAGCAAUUAGUAAGUCACGCUACAAGAAAACGCUGUUUCGUGUGCUCACAGCUGUAGCCCUCCGCCUGCCCCCCUGGUGUAGGCCUCCGCUUUCCCCUGUGUCUAUCACCCAAACCAGCAGGCAUGCGCUCUGCUCCAGAGAAAGCGGUUGGUGUGGUUUCAGCUGAGUGACAUUGCACCAUUAUUUCAUUUCCAUGUCAGCCCCCCAGCUCCCACUGCUCACUCAGCUGUUUGAAUCUGUGAAUGUGCCCGGCCGGGUACUUUUCGGAGCGUGGGCUUUGCUGGCCGCGAUCCUGUGUGAACUCGGUGGGUCACAACCUCUGUCGCCUGGACACGGAGGCGCUGUGUUCGGGAGAAGCCUCUGUCUCCCCAGGGAUGUCACAGGUGGCAGCUGUUCUGUCCACCCAGCAGCCGAGACCACUGUCGCACGAGACACGCGGCCACAGGGCUGUGAUCCCACGGGUGGCUCCUCAGAGACAUGCGCUCACUCGCUGCUCACGCAGACCAGACGGCUGGUGCGCAGAGGACUCGGGCUGAGCGUGGCCUCAGAGCACAGCCGGGCGUGAGAUGGUCGCCUGUCUCCUAAUCCCCAGCGGUGUCCUCCCAGCCCUGCUGGCCUGGAGCGUGGGAACCUGCCGGAGUGCUAGCUCCGGGGGGAUGGGCCCAGCUGCGAGCCUGCCUUGCCGGGACCUGCCCGUGUCUGGCACAGAGCAUGCGUGUUGGACCCCGUGGAUUUCAAGUUUCCUGUGUUUCUCAUCGUCUGUGCUCCUCACACUUCAUGGCCGCACAAGCGAUGCUGCUCUGCUUCAUGCUGAGAUCCUUGGCGAUGAGAGAAGGAAACUGUGGCCCCGCCAUUGCCUCCCCGAGCGCCUGCUUACACGGGGGCAGUGCCACUCUGCCUGGCCCGCCUCGGUCCCUGCUGACCUGUGUCCGCCUCGGUCC